ACUGGGCGGCGCGUCGGGACAAGCUACCAUGGACAGAGCCUGCCGCUCCCGGGAGCGAAGCUGAUUCCUGAUUGCGGCAAUUGGCCAGACAUCGGCAUGUCAGUAACCCUGCACCCUGGCACCCUGGCACCCGCCUUCUGACACCCACGUUUGCAGCUGCGCCAACUACAGCAGCACCAAGUGAGUAUCCUCAACAAGCAUUGCCUCUGGGACUCAGGCCAGAAGGGAAGUGGCUAAAACUCAGAGAUGCCUGUCCUGGAAAAAAAGACCCCCAAAACGACUGAAAAGGAUGCCAGCAGCAAAGAGGAGACUGUGCUGCCCAAACUCCCUGUGCCACCACUGCCAAAGACCCUGGCCAUGUACCUCAGGUGCAUGAAACAUCUGGUGCCUGAGGAGCAGUACAGGAAGACCAAGGUGACUGUGGAGCGGUUCGGUGCCCCAGGGGGCCUAGGGGAAGUCUUACAGCAGAAACUCCUGGAGAGAAGGGAGAAGACAACAAACUGGGUCUUUGAGUAUUGGCUGGAUGACAUGUAUCUCAACAACCGUUUGGCUCUUCCAGUCAACUCCAGUCCAGCUGUCAUCUUUGCUCGACAGAACUUCCAGGAUGUAAAUGAUCAGUUAAGGUUUACAGCCAAUCUUAUCUCUGGAGUGCUUGACUAUAAAACCUUACUGGACAGCCAUUCCAUACCUGUUGACUGUGCCAGAGGACAGCUAUCUGGCCAGCCUCUCUGUAUGAAGCAAUACUAUGGGCUCUUCUCUUCCUACCGUCUUCCAGGACAUACCAAAGAUACUCUUGUGGCCCAGACAAGCAGUAUCAUGCCUGAACCAGAGCAUAUCAUUGUAGCUUGUAACAAUCAGUUCUUUGUCUUGGAUGUGGUCAUUAAUUUCCGUCGCCUCAGUGAGGGGGAUCUGUUCACUCAAUUACGAAAGAUAGUCAAAAUGGCUGACAAUGAGGAAGAAAGGUUGCCACCGAUUGGUCUGCUGACGUCAGAUGGGAGAGCAGAAUGGGCUAAGGCCAGGACCGUCCUUGUGAAAGAUUCGACCAACCGUGACUCCCUGGACAUGAUUGAACGGUGCAUCUGCUUGGUGUGCUUGGAUGCGCCCGGGGGCAUGGAACUCAAUGACACCAACAUGGCCCUUCAGCUCCUUCAUGGAGGGGGCCAUGGCAGAAAUGGGGCAAAUCGCUGGUAUGACAAGUCCAUGCAGUUUGUGGUGGGUCGAGAUGGAGUCUGUGGCACGGUAUGUGAACAUUCCCCAUUUGAUGGAAUCGUCCUGGUACAAUGCACUGAACAUCUGCUCAGGCACAUGAAGGAGAGCUCAAAGAAGCUAGUUAGAGCUGAUUCUGUCAGUGAGCUUCCUGCUCCCAGAAGACUGAGAUGGAAAUGCUCCCCAGAAAUUCAGGGACACCUGGCAUCAUCAGCAGACAAACUUCAACGGAUAGUGAAGAAUCUUGACUUCACUGUUUAUAAGUUUGAAAACUAUGGGAAAGAGUUCAUUAAGAAACAAAGGACCAGCCCAGAUGCUUAUAUUCAGGUGGCACUCCAGUUGGCCUUUUAUAGAUACCACCAGAGACUUGUCCCUACAUAUGAAAGUGCUUCCAUUCGCCGAUUUGAAGAGGGACGAGUUGACAACAUCAGGUCGGCAACUCCUGAAGCAUUGGCUUUUGUGAAAGCAAUGAUUGAUGAAAAAUCAUCUGUACCGGACUCAGAGAAGAUGUUUCUUUUAAAAGAGGCCAUCAGGGCUCAAACAGAAUAUACUGUUUUGGCCAUCACUGGUAUGGCAAUUGACAAUCAUUUACUGGGGCUGAGGGAAAUAGCCCGAGAACUCUACAAAGAGCUGCCGGAGAUGUUCACAGAUGAAACAUAUUUGACAAGCAAUCGAUUUGUCCUCUCAACCAGCCAGGUGCCAACAACAAUGGAGAUGUUUUGCUGCUAUGGUCCUGUAGUCCCUAAUGGUUAUGGCACUUGCUACAAUCCUCAAGCAGAGCAUAUAUUGUUCUGCAUCUCCAGCUUCCAUGACUGCAAAGAGACUUCUUCUGUCAAGUUUGCUAAAGCCAUAGAAGAAAGCCUCCUUGAAAUGAGAGAUCUAUGUAGCAAACACAAUACUGUGAUAGCAAAGCCACCAACCAAACAGGAAAAAAACCCAAAACCCCAAGAAGCAAAGAAGCUCUAAUUCUUUUCUCUGCAUCACUAGGCAGUUUCUACUACUCCUUGUGUUCUGCAACCUCCAAACCCCUAAAACCUAUAGUCUACCCCAGAUUUUGGCAACUUCCCAAUUCUUAGGACACACUGCUAAAAUUAUGCUGAGGCAUCAUGAGAAGCUAAACCAUUGUGAAAGGGAAAAUGCCAUUAAUUAUAUGUUAGAAGUACAAUAUCUAUUCAAGGUUCAAACCAGUCUGUGCCCUGUGAAAUGCUUCAGUCUUUGCUCUGUAGUCAGCAAUCAAGGGUAGGCUUGUUAAGUUGAAAGUGGUCCUGCUGAGGAUAUAGAAUGUCUAUGUAUGGUUGUGGAGCCUCUGAGCUUUGUUUUUUAUUACUUAUUCCAGUACAACACCUACCCAAAUAAUGUUUUACAUGGCAAAAAAUGAGUCAUCCUAUUCUAAAUGGCAACCAUAACUAAAUCCAUUGUUAAAUGAAUAGAAAUGGCAUCAGAUUUAUGAUUUUUUUAGGGAUGGAGAUUCAAAUUCCAUAUUAUUGAUUCACAUGGUUUAAGAGUGUCAUUUGAGAGAGAGAAAUAGAGAGAGAGAGAGAGAGAGAGAGAGAGAGAGAGAAAGAGAAAGAGAACCAUUACUAAGUUAUAUGAUGCAGUGAUUCCCAAGAAAGUCCAGGUCUAUUAAGAAUAUGAUGCCUUGGGGCUGGAAAUCAAUCCUCCCUUUCUUGUCUUAAGAGUAGUUUGGGGCACAAUAUUGAAAAUCUAGAUCUGCUGCUUAUAAAAGAAAGGGAAGACUUCUCACUAUGGCUCUCACUUCAUUGCCUUUUCACUCCCACCUGUGGAGAGAGAUGAAAACCUAGAAGACAUAUUAGUCAGUUAGAGAUGAGUGAAAUGCAGAGGCAGGGAGCAAAGUGUCAUUUUAAUGGGACACUGUCCAUUUCAUUGGCUGGGGGGCUUUGGAGAGGGUAGUGAUCAUUAGCAUUUCUUCAGAGCACUCCUCUCCCCCUCCAGAUUUUACCCACAUACAUCUUAAAAUGCAACAAAAAAACCCAUACCAACAAAAACCAUUAUGGCUAGUCUUUUUAAGUGAGGUUGUUUGCAUUGGGGUUUGGGUUUUGCUGGACUCAAAUUUCCAAAUUAAAGCUGAGUUUAGAGACAGGGCUCCACUUAUCAUACAAAUGUUAUUGCUGCCAUGUGGAAUUCUAUUGUAAUAUACAUAAUGACUCAUUAGCUACACUCUGCUUUUUAAAAUCAAGACCAAAUGUAUUGAUUUUUGAAGGAUGGCUUUCUCUUCUUAUUCUUCCCCCACCUGAAGUUGUAAUUUUCUUUGCAUGCCCAGUAUUUAGCAAAGUGCCUGGCACAUAUGUCUCUUAAUAUAAUGCUUGUUGACUCAAAAGGCUUAAAUCGUUUAAGCUGUAUCAGGAUUCUCCAUCUGGUAUGAUUUACAAGUAACAAAUUCACUAUAUUUCAAAGGCAUGGAUCUGUUUGAAGCAGCAAAGACUCAAGUAUUUACUAGGCUACCUCGCUAUUAAUGGAAAGGCAUAUCUACUUCUUGCAUAGUCACUCUGUGAUUCUAUGAAAUGCUUUUUGUGUUUCUUAAGAUGGUUAAUUAACACAAGGCUGUUUGAACCAAACUCAUUUUUACCAUUAUUUGUGAUAGAAUGUAAACAUAUAUUACCUGUGCAAAGCUGUUAACUAGAUGCUUAAUAUAUGUUUUGAUGUUAGAUACACAUUUUUAUACACUUGGAGAGUUUUAAGUAUAGCGUUUUGACUGGCAGGAAAUAAUAGCUUUUCCCUUAGAGGAAGGGGACAGAAAGAGACCUGUCUAGUCCAAGAAAGGUUAGAAAAUAGCAAAUCUUAUGCAAAGCAAAAACUGAGCCAUAAUGAUAGGAAUAUUUUUAGGUGGCACCUCCUAUACGUGUACCCAAAGAGAAGAGUCAAUAAACCUGGAGAUUCGUUCUGAAAUGAAGCUAAUUUAAAUGUAUGUGACUUUCCUAGAUUCCCUUUAAUUUGCCAAAAUAUAGAGUUGAUAUUUUAGUCCUAUUUUUAUAAAAUAGUAUAGAUUAUGGCAAUGUGUAAAUUGUAUUUAUAGCAGCUCACUUUUAAGUUAUAGUUUUGUGCUUUAAAAAAUGUGUGUAUAUGUAUGACGAAAAAACUAUAUUGAUAAACAUGACAAAAUAUUUAAGAAAG